AUGUGCAUACUUAUUGACACAUACAUGCUGUACGGAUACUUUAUAAAUAUGUUUAAUUUAAUUGAUUUAUUUUGUGUUAUUUUCCCACUGAUAUCUACUGGAUGUAGUGGUUUAGAUAAUAUUGCUCUACAUAAAACAUUUCACGUGGAGUCUGUUUAUCCUGGCUUUGAAGGGAAGGAAUACAGAGCAGUUGACGGCAAUAGAAGUCAGAAAAAAAAGCACUGUAUAUUUACAAAUCCAGAAAAUAAAAAACCAACUUAUGUAUAUGUUGAUAUUGGAUAUAUUGCUAACAUCUAUAACGUCACAAUUUACUACAGAAAAAAAUAUGAACAAAGACUUCACGGUUAUGCUCUUUAUUACUCCGACAAAUUGUUCAGGAAAGUACGCAGUGAAUUAGAUCUGGAGGGAUGGAAUUUAUGUUACAAGGAUGAUUCAAUAAGCGAUAAACCAAAUGGAGUAGAAUCGCAAAUUUGUAAAGGCACAGCACGUUAUGUUUUAAUUUACCAGAAUAAAUCGUGGAAUCCAAAAAAGAGCCCUAUUCUUGGAAUUUGUGAAAUAGAAAUUUUUGGGUGCAAUCCGAGGCAAUUUAGUAAAGUAAAAGAGUGCAUACCGUGCCCUGGAAAGUUUUGUGAAGUUUGUGGUACAGAUGGGGUAUGUUUAGAAUGUACGAACCACAGAUACGGGAACCAGUGUGAAAAGAGUUGUUCCAAAUCGUGUGUUGGGGGAUGUAACAUCAGUACAGGUCAAUGUUACAGUUGCAAUCCGGGGCAAUUCAGUAAAGGAAAAGAGUGCAUACCUUGUCCUGCAAAGUUUUGUGCAUAUUGCGGUACAGAUGGAAUAUGCUUAGAAUGUGAGAACCACAGAUACGGGUACCAGUGUGAAAAGAGUUGUUCUGAUUCGUGUGUUGGGGGAUGUAACUUCAGUACAGGUCAAUGUUACAGUUGCAAUAGGGGGCAAUUCAGUAAAGGAAAAGAGUGCAUACCUUGUCCUGCAAAGUUUUGUGCAUAUUGCGGUACAGACGGAAUAUGCUUAGAAUGUGAGAGCCACAGAUACGGGUACCAGUGUGAAAAGAGUUGUUCAGAAUCGUGUGUUCGGGGAUGUAAUAUCGGUACAGGUCAAUGUUACACAUGCAGUCCAGACAAGUUUGGUAUCUUUUGUAACGAGACAUGUGGACAGUGUAGGGAAGAACCAAAUAAAGAAAGUUGUGAUGACGUCACUGGAACCUGUGUCAGUGGAUGUGAAAGGGGAUUCUCAGGAAGAUUAUGUGAUGAAGAGUGUAAUGGAACAUCAUUUGGAUAUAACUGUAAUGAAACCUGCUGUAAAACCUGUAAAUGGACCGCAAACGGUAUCCGACUGUGUAAUAGUUCAUCGGGUCAUUGUUAUAGUUGUGUGGCAGGAAAAAGAGGGGUUUAUUGCAAUGAAGAUUGUAUGUCCAUGACGUAUGGGGAAAACUGUUUGCACAUAUGUGGGCACUGUUUCAAUGGAUCAGGAUGUAACUCUGUUAGCGGAGCAUGCGCAGAGGGCUGUGAUGCUGGAUAUCAAGGGAUUAACUGCAAUGAAACUUGCGAAAACAAAACCUUUGGUAGCAAAUGCGGGGAGAUAUGUGGCCACUGUCGGAAUGAUACAGCAUGUGAUCCGUUCAGCGGAUCAUGUGACUCCGGUUGUGAACCUGGGUAUCAGGGACUGACCUGCAAAGAAACCUGCGGAUUUUGUCGUCAGAACACUGACUGUGAUCAGUUCAACGGGACGUGUUUGGGUGGAUGUCAGGAAGGAUACCAAGGGGAAAUCUGCAAUGAAAUAUGUGAUAUCAAUUAUUACGGAGAAGACUGCAACUUUACAUGUAAUGAACAUUGCGCAUGCGCAGUACCUACAUCCGUGUCCAUUUGUCAUCACGUGACCGGGGAAUGUCUUAUGGGUUGUAAAGAUGGCUGGAUAGGGAAACGUUCUGAUUCAGGUUUGUAAUAUAUGUGAAUGGUAAUUGUUAUCAGAAAAAUAAUGUUGUUGAUACAAACUCAUGAUUUUCCUGCGAUAUAGAUGACCGUUCCUAUAC